AUGGCGAGGGAUGAAAUGGAGGAAUGGUAUCAACAACAAGAGGGUGUUACAUCGGAUACAGUUCUUGGUGAUCGACGUGGUUCAAGCAUGAAUCUACGGUGGUGUAAGCCGGCUGUUGGUAAGCUGAAAUGUAAUAUACAUACAUCUUGGAUUAAUGACUUCUCAUUCUUUGGUGGAGCUUGGAUUUUAAGGAAUCACUUAGGAGAUGUCAUGUAUCAUGCUAGAGAUGCAUUUUUACCUCGGUCUAAUCGCAUUUCUGCAGAGUUGAACUGCUUGCAUUGGAGUUUAGCUAGCUUGCGAGACAUGAGGUAUACCUCUUGUGAGGUUUGGACAGAUUGUCAUGCGGCUUGGGAAGCGAUUACUAAUCCUAAGGCUUGGCCCAAGUACCGCUCUCAAACAACGAAGAUUUGGCAAGUAAUACGGGGGAUGCGGGAGGUUUCUUUUCACCUCUCUUCACCGAAAGCUAACUUGUUAGCUAAGAGAUUGCUUGCAGCGUCACGCGAGAUGGGAGGCUAA